UGUCAUUUGAGACGAAAUAAGUCACUCUCUCUCACACCUUAUCUCCUUGCUCGACCAAACACACCCAAGGCAAAGAAAGAAUCCCUGAAAUUAUUAUCCUCCAUAGCUAAGGAAAGCUCCAACAAGCAACGAUCUCAAGGAAGAAGAAAAAGUUACAAAAGUAGAGAAAACCUUGAGAAUAAAGAUCACAGGUUAUGUCGGAUGGAGUACCCAAGGAUCGGGAGGUAUCCUCAAAACUCGGUUAUGUCGGGUGGAGUACCCAAGGAUCGGGAGGUAUCCUCAAAACUCGGUUAUGUCAGGUGGAGUACCCAAGGAUCGGGAGGUAUCCUCAAAACUCGGUUAUGUCGGGUGGAGUACCCAAGGAUCGGGCGGUAUCCUCAAAACUUGGUUAUAUAGGGUGGAGUACCCAAGGAUCGAGAGGUAUCCUCAAAACUCAUAGAUUACUGUUUAGUAAUUCAGGACCGGGCGGUGUCCUUAUGAUUAUUUGAUUUGGACAGGAGGAGUGUUAUACAUUCAUAGGUCUAUGAGUGGGUUGGGGUUUUAAGUCAAGGACAUUGACUACUGUUAUUUCCCAAAUAAAUAAUGACCUACGGGUCGGGUAUUUCCAAGUGUAUAUAAAUACUGAUACAUAUUUUGUAACUUGGGGUAAAGAUGUAUAAGUAUAUGUAGGGUUGGUUCGGUACGGUAUACCGAAAUUUCAAC